AAGGCUGCCCAGAGUAUGAGCACCUCCACCCCCCAACCUGUCGGGUCUCUGUCCCAAAGAAAACGUCAGCAAUAUGCCAAGAGCAAAAAACAGGGGAGCUCGUCGACCAGCCGCCCCGCCCGGGCCCUUUUCUGUUUCUCUCUGAACAACCCCAUCCGAAGAGCCUGCAUUAGUAUCGUAGAAUGGAAACCAUUUGACAUAUUUAUAUUAUUGGCGAUUUUUGCCAAUUGUGUGGCCUUAGCUGUUUACAUCCCAUUCCCAGAAGAUGAUUCUAACUCAACCAAUCAUAACUUGGAAAAAGUAGAAUAUGCCUUCCUGAUCAUUUUUACAGUUGAGACAUUUUUGAAGAUUAUAGCCUAUGGAUUAUUGUUACACCCUAAUGCUUAUGUUAGGAAUGGAUGGAAUUUGCUGGAUUUUGUAAUAGUAAUAGUAGGAUUGUUUAGUGUAAUUUUGGAACAAUUAACCAAAGAAACAGAAGGAGGUAACCACUCUAGUGGCAAAUCAGGUGGUUUUGAUGUCAAAGCCCUCCGCGCCUUUCGAGUGUUGAGACCACUUCGGCUAGUAUCGGGCGUGCCCAGUUUACAAGUUGUUCUGAAUUCCAUUAUAAAAGCCAUGGUUCCCCUCCUCCACAUUGCCCUUUUGGUAUUAUUUGUAAUCAUAAUCUAUGCUAUUAUAGGAUUGGAACUUUUUAUUGGGAAAAUGCACAAAUCCUGUUUUUUCACUGACACAGAUAUCCUAGCUGAAGAUGACCCAGCACCUUGUGCGUUCUCAGGGAAUGGGCGCCAGUGUACCUCCAAUGGUACAGAAUGUAGAAGUGGAUGGGUUGGACCAAAUGGAGGCAUAACCAACUUUGAUAAUUUUGCCUUUGCAAUGCUUACUGUUUUCCAAUGCAUUACUAUGGAAGGCUGGACAGAUGUGUUGUACUGGGUAAAUGAUGCAAUAGGAUGGGAAUGGCCAUGGGUGUAUUUUGUUAGUCUGAUCAUCCUUGGCUCAUUUUUCGUCCUUAACCUGGUUCUUGGUGUGCUUAGUGGAGAGUUUUCAAAAGAAAGAGAAAAGGCCAAAGCCAGGGGGGACUUUCAGAAACUCCGCGAGAAGCAACAGCUUGAAGAGGAUUUAAAGGGCUACUUAGACUGGAUAACUCAAGCGGAGGACAUUGACCCAGAAAAUGAGGAUGAAGGGGGAGAAGAGAACAAGCGAAGCACAAGUAUGCCCACGAGUGAGACGGAGUCAGUGAAUACUGAGAACAUCAGUGGAGAAGGGGAAAACCAAGGGUGCUGUGGCCGUCUGUGUCAAGCAAUCUCCAAAUCCAAACUCAGCCGGCGUUGGCGUCGCUGGAACCGUUUCAAUCGGAGAAGAUGUCGAGCUGCGGUGAAAUCGGUUUCAUUCUAUUGGCUGGUGAUCGUCUUAGUGUUCCUCAACACCUUGACGAUUUCCUCUGAGCAUUAUAAUCAGCCCGAUUGGUUGACACAGAUUCAAGAUAUUGCCAACAAGGUUCUCCUGGCCAUGUUCACCUGUGAGAUGCUCGUCAAGAUGUACAGCCUGGGCCUUCAGGCCUACUUUGUCUCCCUUUUCAAUCGGUUUGAUUGCUUCGUAGUGUGUGGCGGGAUCACUGAGACAAUCCUGGUAGAAUUGGAAAUCAUGUCUCCUUUGGGCAUCUCUGUGUUUCGGUGUGUCCGCCUCUUGCGUAUUUUCAAAGUGACCAGGCACUGGACGUCCCUGAGUAACUUGGUGGCAUCUUUGUUAAACUCAAUGAAGUCCAUCGCUUCCCUACUUCUCCUGCUUUUCCUCUUCAUCAUUAUCUUCUCAUUGCUUGGGAUGCAGCUGUUUGGAGGAAAAUUUAAUUUUGAUGAGACCCAGACAAAGAGGAGCACCUUCGAUAAUUUUCCUCAAGCUCUUUUAACAGUGUUUCAGAUUCUCACAGGUGAAGACUGGAAUGCUGUCAUGUAUGAUGGAAUUAUGGCUUAUGGGGGCCCAUCUUCUUCAGGAAUGAUAGUUUGCAUAUACUUCAUCAUCCUCUUUAUUUGUGGUAAUUAUAUUCUGUUGAAUGUUUUCUUGGCCAUUGCGGUGGACAAUUUGGCUGAUGCUGAAAGUCUGAAUACUGCCCAGAAAGAAGAAGCAGAAGAAAAGGAAAGGAAGAAGACUGCCAGAAAAGAGAGUCUGGAGAAUAAGAAGAAUGACAAGCCUGAAGUCAACCCAAUGGCCAACAGUGAUCACAAGGUUAUAAUCGAUGAUUACAGAGGAGAGGAUGAAGACAAGGACCCCUACCCACCUUGUGAUGUACCAGUAGGUGAAGAAGAAGAAGAGGAAGAAGAAGAAGAUGAACCCGAAGUUCCUGCUGGCCCUCGUCCUCGAAGAAUCUCAGAGUUAAAUAUGAAGGAGAAGAUCAUCCCCAUCCCUGAAGGGAGCGCUUUCUUCAUUCUUAGCAAAACAAACCCCAUCCGAGUGGGCUGUCACAGACUUAUCAAUCACCACAUCUUUACCAACCUCAUACUUGUCUUCAUCAUGCUCAGCAGUGCUUCCCUUGCUGCCGAAGACCCCAUCCGAAGUCACUCCUUUCGGAAUAUCAUACUGGGUUACUUUGACUAUGCUUUCACAGCCAUCUUUACUGUCGAAAUCCUGUUGAAGAUGACGACCUUUGGAGCAUUCCUUCACAAAGGGGCAUUCUGUAGGAACUACUUCAACUUGCUCGACAUGCUGGUUGUGGGUGUUUCUCUGGUAUCAUUUGGGAUCCAAUCAAGUGCUAUCUCCGUUGUGAAGAUUUUGAGGGUCUUAAGGGUUCUGAGGCCUCUCAGGGCAAUCAACCGAGCAAAAGGGCUGAAGCAUGUGGUUCAGUGUGUCUUCGUUGCUAUUCGAACCAUUGGCAACAUCAUGAUUGUCACUACCCUGCUGCAGUUCAUGUUUGCCUGCAUUGGUGUCCAGCUGUUUAAGGGGAAGUUCUACCGAUGCACAGAUGAAGCCAAAAGUAACCCUGAAGAAUGCAGGGGUCUCUUUAUCCUUUACAAAGAUGGGGAUGUGAAUAGCCCAAUGGUUCGGGAGAGAGUUUGGCAAAAUAGUGAUUUCAACUUUGACAACGUCCUUUCGGCUAUGAUGGCACUUUUCACGGUCUCCACAUUUGAAGGAUGGCCUGCGUUAUUGUAUAAAGCCAUUGACUCCAAUGGAGAGAACGUUGGCCCCAUCUAUAACUACCGAGUGGAGAUUUCCAUCUUCUUCAUCAUCUACAUCAUCAUCGUGGCGUUCUUCAUGAUGAACAUCUUUGUGGGCUUUGUGAUUGUCACUUUUCAGGAGCAGGGAGAGAAAGAGUACAAGAACUGCGAGCUGGACAAGAAUCAGCGUCAGUGUGUCGAGUAUGCAUUGAAGGCCCGGCCCCUGCGAAGAUACAUCCCCAAAAAUCCCUACCAGUACAAGUUCUGGUACGUGGUGAACUCGUCCCCCUUCGAGUACAUGAUGUUUGUCCUCAUCAUGCUCAACACCCUGUGCUUGGCCAUGCAGCAUUACGAACAGUCCAAGAUUUUCAAUGAUGCCAUGGACAUCCUGAACAUGGUCUUCACAGGAGUGUUCACUGUUGAGAUGGUCUUGAAAGUCAUUGCAUUCAAACCGAAGGGAUAUUUUAGUGAUGCCUGGAACACGUUCGACUCCCUCAUCGUUCUCGGCAGCAUUGUCGACGUGGCUCUCAGCGAGGCAGACCCAACUGACAGUGAAAAUAUCCCUGUCCCUGUCCCAACUGCUGCUCCUGGGAACUCAGAAGAGAGCAACAGAAUCUCCAUCACAUUCUUUCGUCUCUUCCGAGUGAUGCGAUUGGUCAAGCUUCUUAGCAGGGGAGAAGGAAUCCGGACACUGCUGUGGACUUUUAUUAAAUCCUUUCAGGCUCUCCCAUAUGUUGCUCUUCUCAUAGCUAUGUUGUUCUUCAUUUAUGCUGUCAUCGGGAUGCAGAUGUUUGGGAAAGUGGCCAUGAAAGAUAACAACCAGAUCAAUAGGAACAACAACUUCCAGACGUUUCCACAAGCCGUCCUGCUCCUGUUCAGGUGUGCGACUGGUGAAGCAUGGCAGGAGAUCAUGCUGGCGUGUCUCCCCGGGAAGCGCUGUGACCCAGAAUCCGAUUACAGCCCCGGGGAAGAAUUCACAUGCGGCAGCAAUUUCGCUAUUGUUUAUUUCAUCAGCUUUUAUAUGCUCUGCGCUUUUCUGAUCAUCAAUCUGUUUGUGGCUGUCAUCAUGGACAACUUUGAUUACCUGACCCGUGAUUGGUCUAUUUUGGGUCCACAUCAUUUGGACGAAUUCAAAAGGAUAUGGUCAGAAUAUGACCCUGAAGCCAAAGGAAGAAUCAAACACCUUGAUGUGGUCACUCUGCUUCGACGGAUUCAGCCACCGCUGGGGUUUGGCAAACUCUGUCCGCACAGAGUGGCCUGCAAGAGAUUAGUCGCCAUGAACAUGCCUCUCAAUAGUGAUGGAACAGUCAUGUUCAAUGCCACGCUGUUUGCCUUGGUUCGAACUGCUCUGAAAAUUAAGACUGAAGGUAACCUGGAGCAAGCAAAUGAGGAGCUGCGAGCAGUCAUUAAAAAAAUCUGGAAGAAAACCAGCAUGAAGCUUCUUGACCAAGUUGUCCCUCCAGCUGGUGAUGAUGAGGUAACCGUGGGGAAGUUCUAUGCCACUUUCCUGAUACAGGACUACUUUAGGAAAUUCAAGAAACGCAAAGAACAAGGCCUGGUGGGGAAGUACCCAGCGAAGAACACCACCAUUGCUCUACAGGCGGGAUUAAGGACCCUUCAUGAUAUUGGGCCAGAAAUCCGUCGCGCUAUAUCAUGUGAUUUGCAAGAUGAUGAACCCGAGGAAAAAAAACAAGAGGAAGAGGAAGAUGGAUUCAAAAGAAAUGGUGCCUUGUUUGGAAACCAUGUCAAUCAUGUCACUAGUGAUAGGAGAGAUUCCCUUCAGCAGACAAAUACCACCCACCGUCCCCUGCAUGUCCAAAGGCCUUCAAUUCCAUCUGCAAGCGAUACUGAGAACCCAAUGUUUCCUCCAGCAUAUCCUAACCAUCAUAACCAUAAUUCCAUAGGAAAGCAAGUUCCCAACUCAACAAAUGCCAAUCUCAAUAAUGCCAAUAUGUCCAAAGUUGCUAACGGGAAGCACCCCAGCAUUGGAAACCUUGAGCAUGUGUCUGAAAAUGGGUAUCAUUCACAGCACAAGCAUGAGCAUGCGCCUCAAAGAAGGUCAAGUAUCACCAGAACCCGCUAUUACGAAACUUACAUUAGGUCUGAUUCUGGUGAUGGGCAGCUCCCUACCAUUUGCCGGGAAGACUCUGAGGUGUACGACUACUUCAGGGAUGACAACUGCUUGGGGGAACAGGAGUAUUUCAGUGGCGAUGAGUACUAUGAGGAUGAUUGUAUGCUGGUAGGGAGCAGGCACACCUAUGACUUCUACAACAGAUGCCCAGGCAACAGCUCUGACUUUGAGAGACCCCGAGGUUACCAUCACCCGCAUGGCUUCUUGGAGGAGGAUGACUCACCCAUCUGCUAUGAAUCUAAGAGAUCACCCAGGAGACGGCUGCUGCCUCCCACCCCUACAUCCCAUCGAAGGUCGUCCUUCAACUUCGAGUGCCUGCGCCGGCAGAGCAGCCAGGACGAGCUCCCGCUGUCCCCCUCCUUCCACCACCGGGCGGCUCUGCCCCUGCACCUGAUGCAGCAGCAGAUCAUGGCUGUCGCGGGCCUGGAUUCUAGCAAAGCCCAGAAAUACUCACCGAGCCACUCGACCCGGUCGUGGGCCACCCCGCCGGCCACCCCCCCCUACCGGGACCGCACGCCGUACUACACGCCGCUGAUCCAAGUGGAGCGCUCCGACUCCCUGGAGCAGAUGAACGGCAGCCUGCCCUCCCUGCACCGCAGCUCCUGGUACACGGACGACCCCGAGAUCUCGUACCGGACCUUCACGCCCGCCAGUCUGACCAUCCCCAGCGACUUCCGGCACAAGCACAGCGACAAGCAGAGGAGCGCCGACAGCCUGGUGGAAGCUGUGCUGAUAUCGGAGGGCCUCGGCCGCUACGCCCGAGACCCCAAGUUUGUGUCAGCCACGAAGCACGAGAUCGCCGACGCCUGCGACAUGACCAUCGACGAGAUGGAGAGCGCCGCCAGCACCCUCCUCAACGGCAACGUGAGCGGCGGCGCCAACGGGGACGUGGGCCCCCUCCUGAGCCGGCGGGACGACGACUUCCCCGACUUCGGGCCUGGCUACAGCGACGAGGAAGCCGACGCCGGCAGAUACGAGGAGGACUUGGCCGACGAGAUGAUCUGCAUCACGACCUUGUAG